GGCGCUACUAUCGCCACAGAGGAGUGUGUCGAUGGCUUGCUGACGAAGAAUUGUUUGCUGUGGGUGUUGUGUGUUGAAAAAAUCGAAAAAGGUUCUGCAAAAUAUACACAAUAUUGGAGAAAUACGAUUAUUACGGUGCGUGAAUGCGAUAAGUUUAUCGGGAAAGUGUUGGUUGCCGAAUGCAAUUCUAGAUUGUCGCGGAAUAAUACGUGCAAAGUCUGGCGCCUUGCAUGGAGGCGCCAAUUGGCCUAAUUAAGGUGUAUUUGCGGGAAAGUGAACCAUAACGCAUCGCGAUUGCCGAUUCUAACCAAAACGAGUGUUUUUUUUGUAGAAUAUGUGUUGAAUACGGUGUGUUGUGAUCGUUAUCGCGCCAAAAAAAGUGAUAUGAAGCAGGCGUCAUCACCGCUAAAGAAAGUUGCUGGAUGCUCAAAGGCUGCGGUUUUUUGAGCGAUAGAUCGAAGUGCAGUAGUGUGCGUGUGAUGUUUGAUGCGUAACGGCUUCGUGUCGUAGAUGAAAGUGCAAAAGUGUGUGUGACGAAAAAGUUCCUGUCUGGCGAGAUACCGUUGUGUAUGCGCAUCGUGCACGACAUUGUUAAAUGUCAUUUUAUUAUUAAGGCAGAAACGAAAACAACUUUCUCAAGUCGAUAGCGGUUUGGUGCUAAGUUGCUACUAGAACGGUAGUUUGUUUACUUACCUUCCUGGAGGAGCUUCCCGCCCGACAGGACCGAUGUGGUCGGCGACGAUUGCAAUUCUCUCUGUUUUAUACGAUCUCUUCUACAACACUGGAGGACGAUUACGAUUGGUAGUGAUAGUGGACAAUUAAACCAACGGUGAUAUAUUAGUGGCGGAACGGCAAUUAUCAAAGCUGCAUCAUGUUUUAUGCACACAUCGUGCUGGCCAAGAAGGGCCCUUUGGCCCGAAUCUGGCUGGCUGCUCAUUGGGAUAAAAAGAUCACGAAGGCACACGUUUUUGAAACGAACAUCGAGCAGAGUGUUGACGGUAUCAUGCAACCAAAAGUAAAGUUGGCUUUACGUACCUCCGGACAUCUGCUGCUGGGAGUCGUGCGCAUCUACGCGCGGAAAGCCAAAUAUCUGCUGGCGGAUUGUAACGAAGCAUUCGUCAAAAUCAAGAUGGCUUUUCGACCGGGCAUGGUAGAUCUGCCCGAAGAGCAUCGAGAGGCAGCAGUCAACGCGAUUACGCUUCCGGAGGUGUUCCAUGACUUCGAUACACCGCUGCCGGAAUUGAACGAUGUCGACAUCGAGGCACAUUUCUCUAUAAAUCAAUCCCGGGCAGAUGAGAUUACCAUGCGCGAAGAUUAUGGCACCCUGCCCCUAAACAUACACGAUGAUGGUUUUGGUGAUAUGGGCUUCGAUGAUACUCCGGAUAUGGUUCGUGAUCGUAUGGACGAUCAGAUGGAGGACGAUUUGUUUACAGAUACAGUAACACGGCCACCCGAUUUGGAACAGGAUAAAGAACCUAUGCCGGGCACUUCGCGAUCUCUUCUAGAUUCUAUCGACCCACACCAUCCUCACGGAGACGAUGAUAACUUUGGAGAUGAGGAUUUUGGUGGUCAGCCCGCUGCUGGAUUGUUCGAAGGUGACAUUUUUGCAGAUGCUCCCCUGGCUCCGGAACCGGAACUGCCUACCACUGAAACUCAACGGCGAGCAGAUGAUUCGGAUGAUGAUGAUGACGAUCACUUUGACAUGGGUGGUGCGCCAUCGCCAGCUCCGAGCACAGAUAAUUCCCGUCCCGCAUCUCCUAUGAUUAACAAUGCGUUGGUUGACGGUGAACCGCAACCUGGCACAAGCAAGGAUGCAAUGAGCGUGGAGGGUCAGCAAUUACAUCCAGAAACAGGCCUUCCUAUUUCUCAGAAUAGGGAAGACGGUGACGACGGUGUGGGCGGAAAUGAAGGACAUCCAGAUCAAACAACGCUAUUGAAUAACGAGGAAGAAAGCUUUGCUCUCGCACCAGUAGACGCAACAGCCCUUAAAGGAACUACAAAGUCAAAACGAAAACGAAAAUUGAUCGUUGACGAGGUGAAGAACAUAUCCGGAGAAGAGAUGAAAAGUCAACUCGCCAACACGUCUGACAUUGUAACGACACUGGACUUGGCGCCGCCCACGAAGCGAUUAAUGUUCUGGAAAGAAACCGGUGGAGUGGAAAAACUGUUUGCUCUGCCCUCGCGCGACAUUCCAGCGCGAUGUUUAUUUAAAAAUUACCAGCGUCACCUUACGUCCCGAUCGAUUGGUAUCGAAGACUUUGCGGUCCUCGCUCCGCUGGACGUCCUAGGGGUAGAGUUGCCGGUAGAACGUGCUGAAUCUCCGACCCCCGUGGCAUCAAAGCGUGGUAGAAAGAGAAAACAACAACCGGAGGCAGCAUCAACGCAAGGCUUUUUGGAGCAAUCGGCGAGCGACCAGCUACGGAAUGCUGCUGGUGAGAUGCCACCUCCGACUCCGGUUUCGAUAGAGAUGCGCGAGGACGGAUUGGCAGCGGACUCAACACAAUCUUCCUCCUUCAUGCCUCCCCCUGCUACACCAGGACUAAGCCAUUUGACUAGUCCAAAUCACCAGAGUCACUUAAUGCCACCUACCCCAGGUAUACCUAACAUUCCAAUGACCCCGGGACAGCUUGAUCACGGUGGUUUGACACCUGCCGGGCUGAGUCAUGGCGGUGAGCUAACGCCAGUGGGUCUUUCCCACGGGGGUCUUACACCGAGCGAUCUCCAUCACGGUGGUCUCACGCCGGCGGGAUUACAGCAUGGUGAUCUUGGUGGUGGUAUGACACCCCAUGGCUUGGAUCACGGCGGUAUGACUCCUCACCAUGCCUCGUUGGAGAAUAUUGACCAAAUUCCGAACCUACCUGCCGAUCAAGUUUCCUCCAUUCUCAACGAACCCGGAAUGGAAGGUUUUUCGAAUAUGGGAUUCGAUGGCAACACCUCCGAGGAAAUAGCUAAUGAUUGGAAUGGUGACUAUGAGUUCCCCCCUUCUGUCGGUGCUACCCAUCCUAACGAGGAGCAGCAAGUGGAUGAAACGAUCGAGCAGUUUGAGGAACGUGUGCUAAAUAAACGUGCAGCGCAAAUGUUCCUCUCCGUAAAGUCAAGAUUACUUAAGGCAGAUCACAUGAUGUUGUCUGAGAUGACGCAUCGAAAUAAUAAAAAACAGGCUGCUCAAAAGUUUUACUCGCUUCUUGUGCUGAAAAAGUUCAAGGCAUUGGAAAUCUCGCAGAAGCAACCUUACGAUGACAUCACCGUUACGAGAGGCCCGUUGUUCGAUAAUCCUAAGCUGUAAGCAGGUUUACCGAGUGUAGCCUACGUUGCUCUGGUAGUAACUUUCUUGUAAAGUAGAUUUUAUACAGCGUGCAAAUGGUAGGGAUGUGAAUGUGUGCUGCAUCAGGGCUGGGAGGGUAAUGUACUGUUGCAAUAAGAGAGCACGUACGUAUGGCUUCUUAGCACGGGACCAGUGUUGCGGUUCGUCAGUUUACGACAUCGAUUGACGGCGUGUCUAGAAUCGUUUGCACUGUCAGAACGGUAAAGUAUCCUUGCUAAAUUUAAGGUCACUUAGCUGCUACGAACCAGAAAGAGAUAUUGUUUUCUGUACCAUCCCGGCCGCUCGUGCAGCGGAAGAGGAGUAAGAGUUCCCCCUACCAAACGUAUUCACGCCGUUAAUUGAUCUGUGCAAUCUAACUGAAUCACAACUGUCGCUUCUUAGCCCUGGCGACGUACUCAUUUGCUGACGUUAAAGUAUAGGAAAAUAUUGUUGAGUUUAUUUUACUUUUUAGAUCAUAGUACAUAAGUGGAAAGAAACUUUGUCAGAUUUUAGUGCUUGAUCAUAUAUUUUACAUAUUUUGCUGAGGUCUAGCCAUCUAAGAAUUAUGCAUCACGCAUUGUUUGUACGCUGUAAAUUGGAUUGGAAUGCGAUAGAAUGCGAAAAAAGUAAGGCGAAUUUGUAUGCUGGAGUCUUCUUUUUUGAGUGUCCCAAAAGGCGUAGUAGAUUGGACUUUAUUUUAAUUUUAACAUGGGUGUAAUUAGAUGCGGUUACGUGAAAAAGAACAAAACGGGUAAAUGUUAUCCGAGUUUCAAAACGGUUGGAAAAUGAGCAGAAUUCUUACUUAAACGUUCCAAUAUGACAUGUUUUAAUUGUUCCUUGUCCUCUGGUUGAAAUAGAAAUAGAAAGAUCAAAUCAAAACUUCAAGAUCAAAUAUCUGCUGUACCAGAGGCAACCCCCCCCCCCCAAGCUACGAAAAAGAGUUUUCCUUUUGAGUUGAAUGUAAACGCAGUGGACGGAACCAGACUUAAAAUGCACAGAAGAUAUUUCACAAUAACUCAAUGAUUAGUGUUUUUACUUUUCUUCUAAUGGGUAGACAGAAACAUACGCGCGACGUUCGCCUAUCAUCUUAAACAAACUAUGCUUAAUUUUUGUUUUAAAUGUAACUAUUUUGUGUUUUUGUCUAAAGUGUUGUAGAUGUGUUUGGUUUGUAUCGGUUGCAUACUUCACUGGCGGUACAAUAUCAGAGCCAGAUAUAAAAAGUGCUUUAUAUCUGUUUGUGAUAUAAUCGUAAUAUAACCAUUGAUUGCAAUUCAAGGGUAUGCCACCGCCACAAACUAAACAAUCCCAACUGAUGUACUAUAAAACAGUGUACAGGUUUGCUACCGUCUCGCGUUGGUCGUACUGAUAAUUCAGGAAAGCUAAUCGAGAAAGAAAGGAAAUAUGAAAGCCCAGUAUAUGAGGUAAAGAAUCAUUGUGGAACAAAUAAAACCAAACGUGGGAGGCAUGUUAGAUGCUGUGAAGAUACUUCGGAAGAUUAAAUGGAUCUUGUUGAGUGGGACGUUCAAGAUACAUAUGAAACAAAACGGAACGAAACGAACAAAACGAUAAUUAUAACAAAAGAAACUGAAAUGCAGAAGUUGCUAAAUAAAGAAUACUUAAAAUGGCA